CGAAUCCCUGUGGUGCUCCUAGCCUGUGGCUCCUUCAACCCCAUCACCAACAUGCACCUGCGCUUAUUUGAGGUAGCCAGAGACCACCUGCACCAAACAGGAAUUUGUAUUAGUUAGAUGUUGGACCUCCUGGAUCAAUCCUCUGAUUUUAUCUUCUUUCUGGCAUUAUAAUUUCCUCAAACUUAGCUUUCAGUUCUUCUACUAAUUGAUUGUAUUGCUGCUGUCAUCAACCAGAAUGCUGUCCACUCAUAAUUGCCGGUCGGGCCCUAAGCGCUGGCUGGAAGAUCUGAGGGUAUGGAUGGAGCUGGCAGGCCUCGUGGCCAUGAGAUCAGGCCCUAGGUGGGUCUGUUUGCCCAGAGACAUCUUCAGUCUGGUAUGCUGGGCGCCACACUUAAUCCUCUUGUCUUAAGGAUGGGACUUACCCCUCCUCCCAGCGGUGCCUGUAUUUGGGAGUCAGGAGUCUCCCUGAUUCAACCUCAUCAGAAAGCAGAUAUCUGGCCUGCUGCCAGGAUGGGAAACUAAGGAAUGUACCAGGUGGUCCAGGGUAUCAUCUCUCCUGUCAAUGACAACUACAGGAAGAAAGACCUCGCGGCUGCCCAGCACCGUGUGGCCAUGGUCCGGCUGGCGCUGCAGACGUCCGACUGGAUCCGAGUCGACCCCUGGGAGAGUGAGCAGGCGCAGUGGAUGGAGACAGUCAAGGUGCUGAGGCAUCACCACCGUGAGCUGCUCAGCUCUCUGCCCCGGACGGAAGGCCCGGACCACAGCGGCAGUGCCUCCCUGGAGCGUGCAGCUGUGCCUGAACUAAAGCUCCUCUGUGGGGCCGAUGUCCUGAAGACCUUCCAGACCCCCAACCUCUGGAAAGACGAGCACAUCCAGGAAAUAGUGGAGAAGUUCGGCGUGGUGUGUGUGGGCCGGGUGGGUCACGACGCAAAGGGGUACAUCUCGGCCUCACCCAUCCUGCAGAGGUACCAGCACAACAUUCACCUGGCCAGGGAGCCUGUGCCGAACGAGAUCAGCGCCACGUACAUCAGGCAGGCCUUGGGCCAAGGGCAGAGCGUGAAGUACCUGCUCCCCGACACGGUCAUCGCCUACAUCAAGGACCACAACCUCUAUACCAGGGACAGUUCCUGGAAAGGCGAGAGCACCCCGCACAAUGCCGGAGAGAGGAAAGCACCCAGAGCAAUGCCGGAGACCAGCCACUCCUCCAAAGGAGAGGCCCGUUAAGGUCUUCGUUUUCCUUUUUAGUUUUUUAUUUUUGCAUUGGUUUUAUUUCAACAAUGAUUUUAUUUCUGAAGAGUCUUCUAUCCCAGAGAGAGACCCCUUCUUUGGGGAGGAGCAAGUCACCAGGAUGGACAUUUAUCAAAGAAGCUAGCAUUGUGUGUCGGUCAUUAGGAUUCGGCAAAAGCUCUCAUAACCUGUGGGUGUAGAGGCCCUCGGACAUGGCACAUGGUCAUUGUGGCCUGUGCACUGAAUGCAGGUCUGCGCACCCCAGGGGCCCCUGACAGUCAGAUCAGAAUUGCCCACAAUGCAUUUCUUUGACGAGGGCCAGGUUCAGCGUGCUGGUCUUGACCCAAGAGACUUGACAGGUUGCUAAGUACCAAACAAUGGGCUUCGUCAACGCCAUGUUUCAAACUACAUUAUAGUCAUCGAAGAGUCAAACUUUUGGAAGCAGCACUUUGCUGAUUUACAUGGAAUCUUCUGUUAAGAACCAUGGCCCGCCUGCUUCCUGGCCAUCGACAAAAUUUACCCUAAAAUGUUUCUAAGGAGUGAUCCUCCAACAGUAUUUUUUAUACAGCAGGUAUUUUUAACAUAGCUCUUCUAUAAAUGCCAGGGCUCCUGAUUUCCAGGUUUCUAAAAAGGAGCUGAGGUAAGACAGAUACCUUGACUGUUUCAGAGGACUUUUUGAAUGUUUUGUGACAGCCUGCCUGUUUGGGUACCAAAAAAGGGCUAAAUAAUAA